CGCUGCCUCGUGUACUGGAGGACAAAAUUCUGCUUUCCAAGACCGCCAUGCUGCUUGACUUGUUGAUGCUAUCGAACUGAACGCAGAAUGCCAGUCCCUUUCUUGCCUGGGCCAGUCUCAGACGAGCAAUCAACAAGGUGGAGGCGUUGUGCCACAACUAGCCUGAGAUGCAGUCAGAUCUUACCGACAUGUUUGGUUUGCCAGCUAUUGCUUUGUUACCGUCCAGUACGACCCUCAAGAUCAUCAUAUUGUGAUGCUCGUUUUCCGUGCCUGGCUCAUAUGGCACCCGCCGGCUUGCCUAGGUGGACUGACUGCAUAUGCUUGCUACCACACGUCAAGGACUCAGGUCGCGAUGCUCGUUUGCCCAUGCAGUGUUCAAACGGCGACUUGCCUGAAUGGCAAAACACUUGGAUUUGCAGACCUCACUAGGUCCUCCGUAGACCUACAGAGCUCCUUCCUCUGAAUCUGCGAGCGAACGAAGAGCAAACGGAAAACGGCGUAUAAUGGAAACUGCCCUCUGGUACUCCGUACCGGUUCCCUUCUCUCUUGCAACCAUCGAAACGUUUCUCGCCUCG